AUUUUGGACUUGCUGAGUUUGAGAUAGCCACAAGAUGUCUCAUAGCAGGAAGUUUGUGGUACAGAAGAGAGACGCUUGUCCAUAGUAACUGACACCAUGGAAAUUAAAGAAAUGGGGGCUGUUGUAGUGAUUUGGAUUGGCUAGAAGGCAGGACUAAAAGUAGAGAGAGGGCAUUCUUCUAUUUUCAGUAAAUCCAUGUUUAAAUUUUUAGGUCCUGUUUUUAUUUAUCUGCUUGUACUGGUAGAAAUCUUUUGAUGUAAGCCCUUUAGAUAACUUAUUUAUGGUUGUUGUCCUAAAAUUCACACAAAAACUGUUGUUAUUUUGAUUAUGGUGGUGGUUACAUGUGAAUUUCUUCAAAAUUUUGUAUAAUUUUAUGCAAAAGGUAAAUUUUACUGUUUAUAAAAAUUGUUUAAAAAAUACAUUCAGAGUUUUAUGCAUGCUCUUCUCCUGUAGUCUUUUAACGGGAUCUGAUGAAAACUUUUCAUAAUGCUAAAACCUCAUUUUAACAAAUUCCUCUCAACUUUAUCGCCAGUUCUUUGACCAAGCUUACAAAUAAGGAAAUGGGUGGACUUAACUUUAUCUGUUCUCUUCCUACUUAAUCUGUUCUCUUUCUACUAUUUGAAGACAGGGAGGCAGCAUAGGAUCCGAAGAGUCUACAAAUUGGAUAAUGAAGACUGUGUCGACUGCAGUCCCCCACCCCCAAUAAAUUGUGAAUGACUUCACUAUAGAUAUCUACAGUAUUUACAAAAUACCUUUUUAAAAAAUAAGUUUUCAUCUUCAGUUAUGGUAGGAAUUGAAAUAAAGAUCAUACUUUCAUUCUAGAAUAAUGAGGAUAACGAUCAUCUUAUUGCCAAUAUAAUGUAAAGAUAUUUUGAAUUAGCUAAAUUAACAUCAGUUAUGAAAGUCAAAGUUUAUAGGCAUGGAAUAUUUAUAGAAGUGAUUGGGUUAAUUAUAAAUUGUGUGGAAGUCUCAAGGACAUUGGUCAUUAAGUUUUUGGUAGUUUUAUGCAGCAGUAGACUAAGACACCUCCAUUCCUCUACUGGACUGUGCCUUGACUACUGUGUCUUGUAUGGAUGGAGUACAUGCUCAUUAAAAACUCAUUACAUGAUUUGACUGAGUAAACUUUUGGGGCAGAUAUGGGCAGUAAUCCAUAACUAUGCACCUUGGUUACCAAACUAUAGCCAAUCAUGAAUCAUUAUUUUCUCUUAUGUCAUAGUAGCUUGCCAUGUAACAUAGGAACCCAACCAAAUACUGCUUUAGUUUGUUUUUGACUUAUGUGCUAGCUUGGUGUUAAAUUGGAUAUCUUCAGAUUUGAUUUUUGGAUUAAUUUCAACUAGUCAUUUAUUUUUUCCUUCAUCCAUUGCCACUUAAUACCAAUCUCAAGUCCAAGAAACAGAUUGUGUAUCUUGGAAACUGGAUUGUAUUGAAGGGUGUAAUUAUUUCAUUUUAGUCUGAGGCCCACCUCUUUAAUUUUGUGAUUGGAAUAUUUGUUUUUCUUUGAUUUAUAAUUUUUAUUUGAAAACUCCUAACCUAAAAUUUUUAUCUGCAAAUCUGUGGAAUUCAUUCUGGUAGACGGGACAUUGAACUUCAUUCAGUAGAAUUUGCCAGCAUCUAGAAGACUUUUUCUUCAGCUGCAAUCAGUCUUAAAGAGCCUAUUCAAAUCAUAUGCCUACAGAGAUUUCCUGUUAGACCAGACCCAUUCAUCUUCCUACUACUGACUUGACUUGGGUGAAGAGAGAAGAGAAAUCUUUGUCCCCUGACAUUGGAAAUCUCGUCUAACCUUCAAACUGGCGAUGUCAAGGGUUCCAAGUCCUCCACCUCCGGCAGAAAUGUCGAGUGGCCCUGUAGCUGAGAGCUGGUGCUACACACAGAUCAAGGUAGUGAAAUUCUCCUACAUGUGGACCAUCAAUAACUUUAGCUUUUGCCGGGAGGAAAUGGGUGAAGUCAUUAAAAGUUCAACCUUUUCAUCAGGAGCCAAUGAUAAACUGAAAUGGUGUUUGAGAGUAAACCCAAAAGGGCUAGAUGAAGAAAGCAAAGAUUACCUGUCACUUUACCUGUUACUGGUCAGCUGUCCAAAGAGUGAAGUUCGGGCAAAAUUCAAAUUCUCCAUCCUGAAUGCCAAGGGAGAAGAAACCAAAGCUAUGGAGAGUCAACGGGCAUAUAGGUUUGUGCAAGGCAAAGACUGGGGAUUCAAAAAAUUCAUCCGUAGAGAUUUUCUCUUGGAUGAAGCCAACGGGCUUCUCCCUGAUGACAAGCUUACCCUCUUCUGUGAGGUGAGUGUGGUGCAAGAUUCCGUCAACAUUUCUGGCCAGAAUACCAUGAAUAUGGUGAAGGUUCCCGAGUGCCGGUUGGCCGAUGAGUUAGGAGGACUGUGGGAGAAUUCCCGGUUCACAGACUGUUGUUUGUGUGUUGCUGGCCAGGAAUUCCAGGCUCACAAAGCUAUCUUAGCAGCUCGUUCUCCAGUUUUUAGUGCCAUGUUUGAACAUGAAAUGGAGGAGAGCAAAAAGAAUCGGGUUGAAAUCAAUGAUGUGGAGCCUGAAGUUUUUAAGGAAAUGAUGUGCUUCAUUUACACGGGGAAGGCUCCAAACCUGGACAAAAUGGCUGAUGAUUUGCUGGCAGCUGCUGACAAGUAUGCCCUGGAGCGUUUAAAGGUCAUGUGUGAGGAUGCCCUCUGCAGCAACCUCUCCGUGGAGAACGCCGCAGAAAUUCUCAUCUUGGCUGACCUCCACAGUGCAGAUCAAUUGAAAACUCAGGCAGUGGAUUUCAUCAACUAUCAUGCUUCGGAUGUCUUGGAGACCUCGGGGUGGAAGGCAAUGGUGGUGUCGCAUCCCCACUUGGUGGCUGAGGCGUACCGCUCUCUGGCUUCAGCACAGUGCCCCUUUCUGGGACCCCCACGCAAACGUCUGAAGCAGUCCUAAGAUCCUGCCUGUUGUAAGACUCCGUUUAUUUUCCAGAAGCAGCAGCCACUGUUGCUGCCACUGACCACCAGGUAGACAGCGCAAUCUGUGGAGCUUUUACUCUGCUGUGGGGGAAAAGACUGCAUCGUGGCCCCAGACUUUUAAAACAGCACUAAAUAAACUUGGGGAAAGUGGGGGGAGGGAAGGGCCGGGGACUCGGGGCUGUUCAACCUAAUGAAAACCCUGUUGCUGCGUCACUGUGUUCCCUUUGGCCUGACCGAGUUUGAUCCUGUGGGGAUUCGGUUUAGGCGCUGGCCCUGAGGACAUCCCAGUGGUGGUACUUGGAGAAACCUGUCUGCAUCUGACUGAGCAGAACAAAUCGUCAGGUGCCUGGAGCAAAUAGGAAAAAAAGGAAGGACAUUUAGUUUUAAGAGAAGGGGAAAGAAGAAAGGAUUUUUGCAGAAUUUCUCAAAAAUCAGUUUGUGGAUUCUAAUACUAUUUAUAUUGAGAGAAAUUUCAGUCCAUACAACUGUGCUAAAACUUGGAUAUUUGUGAAAACUCCUCACCACCAUGCAAGUAUCAGAAGAGCUCUCUCGUUGUUAGCACUUAUUGUUUGCAAGAGCAGAAUACAUCCUUUUAUCCCUUUAUGAAAAAACGACAAGUGAAGGCGAAAGGGGAAGGAGGUUAUUUGAUCUGGAAGAUGAGUGUUCUGAUGUGGUGGCUUUUGCAAAAAAAUCUUUAUUGGUUUUGAAGACUGGAAAAAAAUAAUUUACCCAGAAUUCAUACUGUCUUGAUAAGAACUAUAGUUCUCUGUUUUUAGAUAUUGUGGAAAAUGUUUUUUGGCAUUUUUCUCUGAUUUUAUUUCUCCCUCCCCCCUUUUCUAAAAAAAAAAAAC